AACCAAAACCCAACUCAUUUCCUCUUCGACUUUUCUCUGGUUGCCAGACACAGGCUAGUCUUCAACUCUUCAUCUCUCUUCGUGAAUUCUUCUCUCUCGCUCUCUCUCUCUCUCUCUCUCUCUCUCUCUCUCUCUCUCGUUGCUUCACGUACUGGGUUGAGAGAGUGAGAGAAUGUCUGGAGCGGGUACGCAGAAUAGCUUGAGAAAAGCACUUGGGGCCCUCAAGGACACCACCACGGUUUCCUUGGCUAAAGUCAACAGUGAUUACAAGGAAUUGGACAUUGCUAUAGUUAAAGCCACCAACCAUGUUGAGCGCCCGACAAAGGAAAAGCACAUUAGAGCUAUAUUUUCUGCCAUUUCAGCUACACGACCUCGGGCUGAUGUUGCAUAUUGCAUCCAUGCUCUUGCCAGACGGUUAUCAAGGACACAUAAUUGGGCAGUUGCUUUGAAAACUUUGAUCGUAAUUCAUCGUGCUUUGAGGGAAGUGGACCCUACAUUUCAUGAAGAACUUAUUAAUUAUGGAAGAAGUAGAAGCCAUAUGCUUAACAUGUCUCAUUUCAAAGAUGACUCAAGUCCUAAUGCAUGGGAUUAUUCUGCUUGGGUCCGUAUGUAUGCCUUAUUUUUGGAAGAGAGGCUGGAAUGCUUUCGUGUGUUGAAGUAUGACAUUGAGACAGAUCGCCCUAGGACGAAAGAUCUGGAAACUGCUGAACUGCUUGAUCAGUUGCCAGCAUUACAACAGCUACUUUUUCGUGUGCUUGGUUGCCAGCCACAAGGGGCAGCAAUUCAUAACUUCGUCAUUCAGUUAGCACUUUCAAUGGUGGCUUCAGAAAGCAUAAAAAUUUAUCAAGCUAUAAGUGAUGGCACGGUCAAUUUGGUAGACAAGUUCUUUGAGAUGCAACGCCAUGAUGCCAUGAAGGCGCUCGAUAUAUACAGGAGGGCAGGGCUGCAGGCUGAUCGACUAUUGGAAUUUUAUGAAACAUGUAGAAGUCUUGAUAUUGGCCGUGGGGAGAAGUUUAUUAAGAUCGAGCAGCCACCUGCAUCAUUUCUACAAGCCAUGGAAGAGUAUGUGAAAGAAGCUCCACGGGGUUCAACAUUUCGCAAGGACCAAGCGGUUGAUAAAAUUGCCUCCCCCAAGGAAGUCUUGGCCAUAGAAUAUAAGAAGGCCCCAGAGGUGCAGGAGGAACGUCCAGCAUCGCCACCUCCACCUCCACCUGAACCAGUGAAAGUAGAAGCGCCUGUAGUUGAACCUGAUUUGUUGGGUCUGCAUGAUCCAACUCCAGAAGCUUCAGAAUUAGAUGAGAAGAAUGCUCUAGCUUUGGCUAUUGUUCCAGUUGCUGAUCAACCAAGAUCUGCCGCUCCAAAUCAAGUAAAUGGAACUACGGGCUGGGAGUUGGCACUUGUCACUGCUCCAAGCUCAAAUGAGAGUGUGACAGCUGCUAGCAAACUGGCUGGAGGAUUAGACAAGCUUACACUAGACAGCCUUUAUGACGAUGCAAUCAGAAGAAGUAACCAGAAUGUGAGCUACAACCCAUGGGAGCCAGUCCCAAUGGCUGGUGCCAUGGUGCAUCAGACAUCACAAGAUCCGUUUUUUGCCUCCAACACAGUGGCUGCACCACAUACUGUACAGAUGGCAGCAAUGGCCAACCAGCAGCAGGCCUUCAUGUUACAGCAGCAACAGCAGAUGAUGAUGAUGGACCCACAACAGCAACAGGGUUUAAAUCCUUUUGGAAAUCCAUAUGGAGCAAGUGUCCACCCCUAUGGCUCAGGUAUGCCUGUUCAAGCCUACAAUCCAUACACAGGCCUUAUCUAGAUAGUUUGUCCAGAAACAUUGGGGAAACCGAAAAAUGGGAGAGAAGUGAGAUUCUUGGAUAUUGAAAUGCAAAAUAUGAAGAAUAGACAGAUUAUGUGUACCAUAUGUUGUGCAUUGUGCAGUAGUUAGUUAGGGUGAGAUUCUUUGUUGAAUAAUUAGUCGGAGCAAGGACUUUGGAUGAUUUGAUCAUUAUUUCAUGACAAUGAAGGUUGGUAAUAAUGUGUUCCAGACUACUUUUAGUGAUUCUUUUUAUACCUGCUUAAUCUUUGAUGCUUAAGCAGGAAAUGUAUUCUUGACUUCUUGUAUAUGACCAGCCAUAGUACUACUACAUUCAUGUAAUGAAAAUAGGCAUCAAUUUGUCUCUUUUGCCAA